AACUGAAAAAAAAAAUAAAAAAAAUAUAGCUCUCUACCGGCAUUUCAUGACCCAAACACGACCCGACAUUGACAUCCACAUCCUUCUCUUCCUUUGCUCGCUGCUCCUCUCUGCAAUUUCUGUUCCUUUCCGAUUCUUUUUGAGUUUCCUUUACUUCUUCUUUGUAUUUCUUAAUUCAUUCACAAUCCCAUACUUUUAUUUUAUUUGAUUGAUUUUAAUUUUGAUUUUUUUGUUUUUUCUUUGGUGUUUGAUCUCAAUUUUUUCUUCUCUGCUAAUUUCCCCUCUUCGUUUCCCGAUCUUUCCAUUCUUUUUCUGAAUUGCAGUUUUAGAGUUGGUGUUCUUCGAUUGAAGGUUAUUAAUGUAAUGAUGAAUCACGGAGCUAAUACGCAGACUAUAUCUGCUGUGGACCCGAAUUCGCUGGAGGGUCGAUAUGUUGUUGAUACAAGCCAACCACAGUCUUCUUCGCAUCUUCCACCAACAACUGGGUCUGAAGCUACUUCAUGGACCAUGCAUAGGGUAGAUAAUCUCUCCACAGAAUCCACCUAUCACCAUGAUCAUCCAAAAGAGUCAACAUCAAAAAGUGUUCCACAUGGAUUGAAUGCAACAUCUCUUUCUAGUUCAUCAACAUUGGGAACUGCAACUGCCUCACAGGACUAUAGUAGCUAUGCAUCGUACUCAAAUCCUACAGAUCCAUAUGGUUAUGCAAGCACAGGAUAUCCAGGUUACUAUAAUGGCUAUCAACAACAACCUAACCAUUCAUACUCUCAGCAGCAACCUAACCAUUCAUACUCUCAGCCUGUAGGAGCAUAUCAAAACACAGGUGCUCCUUAUCAGCCUCUUUCCUCAUUUCAGAAUACAGGGUCUUAUGCUGGGACUCCAAGUUAUCCAGCCACUUAUUACAAUCCUGGUGAUUAUCAGACAGCUGGAGCUUACCCAAGUAAUGGAUACAGUAAUCAGACUACUUUGUGGAGUGAUGGCAAUUAUGCAAGCUAUACCACUCAUCAGUACUCAAAUUACGUUGCUGACACAUCAAGUGCUUAUGCAUCUGGUACUGCAGCUGCAACUUCAGUAAAUUACCAACAACAAUACAAACAAUGGGCAGAUUAUUACAAUCAAACAGAAGUUACUUGUGCUCCUGGGACGGAACACUUGUCUGUUCCUAGUGCAUCUAACCAGGUGAAUUCAGUUCCAGGUGUCACUGCUGGUUACCCUACUUCCAGCAGUCAGCCUCCGUCAUCUUUUACCCCAUCUUGGAGGCCAGAACCCGCUUCAUCUGAGUUAUCUUUGCAGGGUGGUGCAGCUGCUAGUGUUGCUCACACUAGCUACUGGAAACAAGGGGCGCCAAGUUCUUUUCAAAAUCAUCAUGCUAGUCAUAUGCAACCACACUUUCAAAAAUCUUUGGAUUCAAAAACUUCUUAUGCUAAUUUUGAGGAACAACAAAAGACUGUUCAUCAAGGUCCUAAUUCACAAUAUGCUCCUGCUCAUCAGGUGCUCCAGAAUUACCAAACUCCUGUGCAAACAGUCCCAUCACCAGAUACACGGAGGUUUAGCAAAUUGCAGAUUCCAACAAAUCCCAGAAUUGCAUCAAAUUUGGCUUUGGGUUUGUCAAAAACCGACAAGGAUAGCUCUGCAACCAGUGCAGGAGCAGCAAAACCUGCUUAUAUUGCUGUCUCAAUGCCAAAGCCAAAUGACAAAGUGUCAUCUAAUGAUGCGGCUGAUUCCAUUCUGAAGCCUGGCAUGUUCCCCAAUUCACUACGCCUUUAUGUUGAAAGAGCUUUGAAACGUUGUCAAGAUCACUGUAAAAGUGAUCCACAAAUGGCAUCAUGUCAGGCUGUUAUGAAGGAGAUUAUUACUAAGGCAACUGCUGAUGAUACACUUCACACUCGAGACUGGGAUACUGAACCUCUUUUUCCCUUACCGAACCCUGAUUUUGCCAACAAGGAGAGCUCACAAUCUUUGACUCAUGUUGCUUCAUUACCGAAGUACAUAAAGAGCCCUAGCAAACGAUCCAAAAGUAGGUGGGAGCCUUUACCUGAGGAGAAGUUGGUUGAAAAACCUGUUUCUGUCAGUAAUGAUAAUGUAAAAUUUGGCAGUUGGGAUAGAAAGUCUUUAAUUGGGAAUGCUGAGAGCAAGGUUGAUGCUUCCAGUGAUCUCAAGUUCUCUUUAACAGAGCAGAAAACUCUGAUUAAGAGUGGCCAGAGGCCACUUAAGAAGCAGCGUAUUGCUGAUGCCUUUAAUACUGCUGAAAAUGGUGAUGCAUCAAGUGAUAGUGAUAAGGAACAAAGUUUAACAGCUUACUAUUCUGGUGCAAUAGCACUUGCAAAUUCACCUGAAGAAAAAAAGAAACGUGAAAAUCGCUCUAAGCGUUUUGAGAAAGCACAUCGAUCGGAAAUUAAUUACUUCAAACCGAAAAAUGCUGGAGUUGGAAACCUGUACAAUAAACGGGCUAGCACCUUGAUGCUUAGCAAAAACUUCGAUGAUGGUGGUAGCAGGGCUGUUGAAGACAUUGACUGGGAUGCACUAACUGUUAAAGGCACCUGCCAAGAAAUUGAGAAACGAUAUUUACGACUCACCUCUGCACCUGAUCCUUCUACUGUGAGGCCAGAAGAAGUGCUAGAGAAAGCUCUGCUAAUGAUUCAAAGUUCUCAGAAGAACUACCUUUACAAGUGUGAUCAGUUGAAGUCCAUUCGCCAAGAUCUAACUGUACAGAGAAUACGAAAUCACCUAACAGUUAAGGUGUAUGAAACUCAUGCUCGGUUGGCAAUGGAAGUAGGGGACUUGCCUGAGUAUAAUCAGUGCCAGUCACAGUUAAAAACCCUCUACGCCGAAGGAAUUGAAGGAUGCCAUAUGGAGUUUGCAGCUUACAACUUACUUUGUGUUAUUUUGCACUCUAACAACAACAGAGAUCUUGUCUCAUCAAUGUCAAGAUUAACAGAGGAAGCAAAGAAAGAUAAAGCUGUUAAACAUGCUCUUGCAGUUCGUGCAGCUGUCACCUCAGGAAACUAUGUUAUGUUCUUUAGACUUUACAAGAUGGCUCCUAACAUGAACACAUGCCUUAUGGAUCUUUAUGUUGAAAAGAUGCGGUAUAAGGCUGUAACCUGCAUGUCCCGGUCAUAUCGCCCUACGGUACCUGUUUCAUACAUUGCAGAGGUAUUGGGCUUCUCCAGUAUCGGUGAAGGAAAUGGCGAGAAGGACCCCGUUGGAUUAGAGGAAUCCAUAGAAUGGUUGAAAGCACAUGGUGCAUGUCUCACUGUAGAUAGUAAUAGAGAGAUGCAGCUUGAUACAAAGGCUUCGUCUUCUAGUCUUUAUAUUCCGGAACCUGACGAUGCUGUGUCCCAUGGAGAUGCUAGUUUGGCUGUUAAUGAUUUCUUGACACGUGCAUCCUUGUAGUCAAUAUUAUUGUCUGUAAUUGUAUUUGAUUGCAUUAGUAAGAAAAUCAUGCAGUCUUCCACAAUAUGAUGUAGAUUCGGAAGAAUUAGGAUUCUUUGCUGAAGUGAAACUGAGAGGUCAGGCCUGUUAACUUUAGCAAGGAUAGAUCACUGGCAAAGAAAACAAUACAAAAAUAGAGCGCACCAAGUUCCCAUAGGAAUGCAAUGCUUAGAUUUUUUUUAACCUUUUUAAGGGAUUGAGCAGCAAGCAACUACUACCAUAACAUCAUGUGAUUUAGAUUCUUCCUUUACUUUUUUUUUUUUCCUGAACAAUGAUUCAUUCUUUUUUGCUGGGGAAUGCGGAACUUGUUAAAUGUUACUCUAGAGGCAAGAAAAUAAGAACAAAUAGCUUUGUGUAUCUUUCAUUAAUGACAAUUAACUUUCAUUUUAUU